CUGGUCAAAGUUAAUAGUACAACGCGGGCUCGUUCUCUCUGCUGUUUUCGGCCAUUUUGAUCGUGGUUCGAAAUAAAACACCAGCUUAAAAAUGGCUCCCAAAGAAAUGGCAGUGGGCCUUCAUAAAGGCCACAAAGUAACGAAAAAUGUAACAAAACCCAAGCCAUCAAGUCGAAAGGGGGCUCGCAACAACAGGGUAAAGUUCAUCCGUGAUCUUGUCAGAGAAGUCACAGGCUUUGCUCCAUAUGAAAAGAGGGUCAUGGAGUUGCUGAGAAUUGGCAAAGACAAACGAGCACUAAAAUUCUGCAAAAAGAGACUUGGUACUCAUGUCAGAGGCAAGAGAAAGCGUGAAGAAAUUCAAGGUGCUUUGGCUGCUAUGAGAAAACAACAACAACAGCAGUCGCAACAACACUAAUUUGUACCACUAGACAUCAAUAAAAACUGCCAUAUUAUAACAAG